GGCGGAGCCCGGCGAGCGCUCCCGCCGGAGGGAGCCGCCGGCGCCCUUCCCCCGGGAGGCUGCGCUCGCCCCCGGCCUUGCGGGGGAGCCGCCGCCCCGGCCUUGCGGGGGGACCGCGGGGGAGCCGCCGGCAGGGCCGCGGCGAUGAUGUCGGGGCAGUCGAUCACCGACCGCAUCACGGCGGCGCAGCACAGCGUGACCGGCUCGGCCGUGGCCAAGGCUGUGUGCAAGGCGACGACCCACGAGGUGAUGGGCCCCAAGAAGAAGCACCUGGACUAUCUAAUACAGUGCACAAAUGAAAUGAAUGUGAAUAUUCCACAGUUGGCAGACACACUCUUUGAGAGAACUGCAAACAGUAGCUGGGUUGUAGUGUUCAAAGCUCUAAUUACAACACACCACCUCAUGAUGUAUGGAAACGAGCGCUUUAUCCAGUAUCUUGCAUCCCGAAAUACUUUGUUCAACUUAAAUAACUACCUGGACAAAAGUGCCAUGCAGGGCUAUGAUAUGUCUACCUUCAUUAGGCGAUACAGCAGAUACUUGAAUGAAAAAGCACUUUCAUAUAGACUUGUAGCAGUUGACUUCACCAAAAUGAAAAGAGGGAUAGAUGGAGUGAUGAGAACUAUGAAUCCUGAAAAGCUUCUGAAAACUCUUCCAAUCAUACAGAACCAGCUUGAUGCACUCCUUGAUUUUGAUGCAAAUCCAAAUGAACUAACAAAUGGUGUUAUAAAUGCUGCCUUUAUGCUCCUCUUUAAAGAUUCCAUUAGACUUUUUGCAGCAUACAAUGAAGGGAUUAUUAAUCUUUUAGAAAGAUAUUUUGAUAUGAAGAAGAACCAGUGCAAAGAAGGCUUGGAUAUUUACAAAAAAUUUCUAGCCAGAAUGACCAAAUUGUCAGAAUUCCUCAAAGUAGCAGAGCAAGUUGGAAUUGAUCAGGGUGACAUUCCAGAUCUUACUCAGGCACCCAGUAGCUUGCUUGAGGCACUGGAACAGCAUUUGGCUUCUGUGGAGGGAAAGAAAACAAAAGAAGUCUCUGCUGCCAGCAGAGCUAGUGCCCUAUCCAGUGCUGUUUCCUCACUUGCCAAUACAGGAAUGUCAUUCAGCAGGAUGGAUGAGAAAGAAAAGCAGCAGGCAUUGGAGGAGGAACAAGUUAGACUGCAGGCACUGAAGGAGCAGCGAUUAAGAGAGAUUUCUGUAGUAUCAAAUUCCACUUCCACAUCAGCAUCCCCAAGCACUUUAUCAGGAAAAAGUGUGAAUACCACUGUAGCUGUUGACCUCUUUGCUACACCAGCACCCACAACAAAUAGCAUGCCCAACCUUUCUAGUGAUCUUUUUGAUCUUCAGCCUGCAUUUGUUCCAACUGUGCAGAGUACUCCAGCUAUAUCAACAUCAGCAAGCAGUGCUUGGGGAGGUCCUUUCUCGUCUUCAAAUGGUUGUGUUGGUUCUCCACCUCAUCUGGACAUCUUUGACAUGAAGCCAGUUGAAGAAGCUGUAAAAUCUGCCACCCCUUUCAUCAAUUCUUCUUUUUCCUCCAAACAAACGGUGGAACUGUUUAGUGAUGACUUUAGUGGUCAUAAACCUACAUAUGCUUCUGUGUAUCAUCCUCUGACUGUUGAUGGUUUCCCUCUUCAUUCAGCUCCUCCAAGUACCACCUCUUCAACAAUUAACGUGGACUUUGAUGCUGUUUUUGGAGGAAAAUCUUCAGCACCAGAGUACAGGACUGCAAGUGAUGAUGUGUUGCAACCCACAGUACCACCACAAAGUCAAAGAGCCAAUGCAGCCAGCCAGCAAAGCGGAAAAAUUUUGGCAAAUGACCUCGAUUCUUCACUUGCUAAUCUAGUAGGAAAUCUUGGCUUUGGAGGAACUCCAUCCAAAAAGUCAGACAUGCAGUGGUCCCAGCCUACAGAGAAAAAACUUACUGGUGGAACUAACUGGCAAGCAAAAACAAGCACAUCAACCACAUGGAACCCGACUCCCCUACCCACCAUUCCACACAUGGUACCUGCUCCUAUCACAUACCCAUUGACCACACCUCAAGUGCCUGUAUAUGGAAUGGUACCUCCUCAGGUUGGAGCUGCUCCUUUGAUGGCACCCCAGUCAAUGAUGUAUACACAGCCUGGUCUAAGGCCAACAAAUCCUUUUGCACCUGUUUCUGAAACUCAGAUACAGUUUAUGUAGAGCCACCAAAGCAACAAGAUGUGAGAACAACCAAAUACUGGUAAAAAAUGAAAAGACUGAAUUUCAAUCUUUCCAUGAUGUAUUCCUGAACAGGGCAACUGUUUUUUUCCCUGUAUAAUACAAUAUUAUUUUGAAUUGCAAUGCUUUAGAGAUUCUUGUUUAUAACAGUCACUGCAGUGUGAAGUCAUGUUUGUUCCCUGAUUUUUAUUAUUUUUUUUUUAAACUGCUCAGCAGAAAACUGUAUUUUUGAGGUUGACUCAGAAGGUGCAAGCUGGAUUAUCAUCUUCAAAGCCGAAGAGAAGGUUACAUGAUUGCUCUACAACCUUAAUCAUCAGUGGAUGACCUUGGGAAUUGACUGAGGAUGUCAAAGCUAUUUAUUUUCUCCAUAAAUUCUGUGGCUGUUGUAACCAAGACACAACACAAAUCAAGUUGAGCAAUAAAAUUUUUAUGUGCUCUAAUAAAUACUCCGACAGAGCAAUGCUUGCAUUAUCAUAAGGCCAAUGUUGUGUGAAAUCAGACAGCUUUUUCACAUUAGAAUAGCUUAUAGUAAUUUGCAAACUUUAUAAUGUGAGUUUGAAAUGCUGUGAAUCAACAAGACACAUACUUAUUACAUAUAUAUAUAUAUAUAUAUAGUAAAAAUAACAAAUUGCUCCACUGGUAUAUCAGUGUUACAGGGGGAGUUAAAAGAGCCGGGCUCUGAUGUGGGCUGCAAGUCUGUGGUGGAGGAGGGGAGACAAGUGUGUGACAGAACAGCACGUGCAGCCUGCAACAGGUGACAGGAGCUGCACUUCCAUCAGGUACCUUCUCUGCAGGUGGCAUCUUUAAUCCUUCAAGGAAGAAUAGCUUUCGGAGCCAGUGCCUGUAGGUGUCCCCAACCUCAGCACAUGGGAGCAAUCUCAAAAUCCUGUUGCCAACUGCAGUCGAGACAAGAGAUCCAGUUCUUCUUUUUAAAGUCCAUUAAGUCAAAAGACUCAAACCUUGCAGUCAUGCUGACACUUGUGAACUGGCAACUAUAUGGAAAUUAUCCGGCUGUAGAAAAUAGCUUGUGCUGCUUUUUUGAAAUAAGAACCUAGUUGUAAACCAUAUAAAAGUAAUUAUUUUUAAAUGUGUAAAUAUGUGCAAACUUUUAGAUAAUCGUUUCUUUGAUGCUGCAGUAAUCUUUUUCUUCUGUAGUAAUUUCAAGGUUCAAAUGCUACGUUAAGAAAUCCAGACUCUUUUUGAGAGGAAAAUCUUUUAAAUCAACUAAUUUAUGAGGUAUUGCUGUUCACAAUGGGUCAGAUGUGUACAGACUUCUGGCACAUCUUUUGUAUUUAAGAAUCUUCCUCCAGAACUGAAAUUGGCUAUGAAAAUGCCUUAUCUUGUAUUUUUCACUGUCUGAGAAAAAGCGAUAGCAUUAAAAAAACCCAGUAGUUAUAAUAAGUAGAUGGAACUGGGAACAACCUUUCCUCCAGAAGUUUCAUGGCAGAACACAAUGAAAAGCUCUCCCAUAAAAUUACUUCUAAUGAUUAAUAUUAAAGCUGAGUUUUCAAAAAAUGAGUAGUUUUCUGUUGUUACAGUAAAUAGACCUCCAGAGUAGUAAGUCUUUUAUCUUUUGGAGAGUCUGUAAUUGCAGAAAUGCCUCUGACUCUGACCACAAAUGCAGGUAGGCCUGAGAAUCUUGUCAAACUCUCUGGUAGAGAACUUCUAAAUUACAGCAUAUUCCUCAAAGUGGGAACAUGCCUUCUCUUUUUCCCAGUGCUUAAUUCUGUCCAAAGAGUGCAAAAGCAGUAUCUCUUAACCCUAUGGAAAUAUUUUUGCCAAAUGAAAUAACAUAAAAGAAGCAAAAUAAAACUCCACUCCCCAACCCUUGGAAUCUGUAACUGCUGAUUUCUUGGGAAAUGUAACCUUGCAGAAAUUUAAAACUCAGAAUUCCUUGAUUUUAAAAGAAUUUGGACCAGUAUAUGGCAAUUUAAUGUUCAAGUUUGAAUUACAAAGGGCUUCAAGCUUUAAACCACCUUUGCUGGGUUGAACAACUGUACCAUUUUAAGCCAAUGAGUUCUUCAGUGCCUAUAGUUGCCCUCCACAUGACGAGGGAAUAGAUGCCAUUUAGAGUAAGUCAUUGUGUUGAGGGGACUGUUCAUUUAAGAAGUAGUUGAAUUCCAUUGAUUUAUUCAGCAAUGCAAAGUCUUGUGUUCAGAUUAGACCAGUACAUGCAGUUAUAAAGUCUGGGCAUUAGUGACAGAGGUGAGAGCGCUACAAGCAGGCAGUUCCAUGCACUGUAAGCUGUUAGGUCUCCUUCAUACUGAGUUGUAUAAGUAAUAAUUAAUUAUUUUAAUAAAAUAUACAAAUAAAUGCCUGGCAAGCAGUAUAUAUUUGUUAUAACUUUAUUGCAGAGCGUUCUGAAUAUCUGGAAUGUACUUGGCUCAGAAAUGGAUUUAGUACUAGGUAAUAGUUUGCACUACUUCUGAUUUGCUCUGGAUCUUUUUAAUGGUUCUUUGGUUAGCUUUCUUGUAGCAAAGCUGUCUGAUACCAGUUUAUUUAGUAUUAAAAAAGGAGAAACAGCCACAAAGUACAUUCUGAAAACUUUAUAACCUACCUUCUUUUUAGUCUCCUUCACAAUGUUUGAUACUUUGAAACACAGCAUUCACUUUGAUCCCUGUGAAGCAAAGGUUGCUUCUCUCUGCACACGAGUGCACAGGACUGGGUUUUGCCAACCUCUUCCUCGUGCACGUAUUGGAAUGCAUAAAAUGGCAGAGUGUAUGUUUCAGUAACAUAAUUCAUACAUAAGAAGU